AUGGCAAAACGUGUGGUGGAACUCACCAAAUUGCACGUUCUCCUGCAGUGGACAAGGAGAGGAAGCGAUUUGGCUUUCCAGAGCACGCGUGAGCAGCGGGCAGGAAUCCCCUACCAGCCCGUGAUUGAAGCAUUAGGAAACUAUCCACAAAAGAAGUUCUACAAUGUCUCGAAGCUCGGAGGCACCAAAUAUGAUACUCUGCCUUAUUCCAUACGAGUGUUGUUUGAGUCCAGUGUCCGUAACUGCGAUGGCUUCUUAGUGAAAGAAACAGAUGCUAUGAACAUUUUGGACUGGAAAACAAAGCAGAAUAAUGUUGAAGUGCCCUUCUGUCCUGCCAGAGUUGUUCUUCAAGACUUUACUGGAAUUCCUGCCAUGGUGGAUUUUGCCGCUAUGCGGGAAGCGGUGCGAAAUGCUGGAGGAGACCCUGUGAAAGUCAAUCCUGCCUGCCCAGCAGAUCUCACUGUUGACCAUUCUCUGCAGAUUGAUUUCAGCAAAUGUGCAAUACAGAAUGCCCCAAAUCCUGGGGGUGGUGAUUCCCAGAAGGCAGCAGCAAAGCUUUCUCCACUGAAAGUGCAGCCUCGGAAGGUACCUUGCAGGGGCCAAACAGGUUGCAAGGGGCCGUGCGGUGCCGCAGAGCCGAGUCGCAGCUCGGGGCAGUUUUCUGCCCAGAUUGAGAACACGCCAAUCCUGUGUCCUUUUCAUCUUCAGCCAGUGCCUGAGCCUGAAACAGUACUGAAAAAUCAAGAGAUGGAAUUUGGCCGAAAUAGAGAGAGGCUUCAGUUUUUUAAGUGGAGUUCAAAAGUUUUCAAGAAUAUUUCUGUAAUUCCCCCUGAAACUGGAAUGGCGCACCAAGUUAACUUGGAGUAUUUGUCAAGAGUUGUUUUUGAAGUUAAAGAUUUCCUAUAUCCCGAUAGUGUGGUUGGCACAGAUUCACAUAUGACCAUGGUUAAUGGCUUGGGUAUCUUGGGCUGGGGUGUCGGGGGGAUCGAAACGGAAGCCGUGAUGCUGGGGAUGCCGGUUACCCUCACGCUGCCCGAGGUGGUUGGCUGCGAGCUGACGGGCACGGCCAGCCCGCUCGCCACGUCCAUAGACAUCGUCCUGAGCAUCACGAAGCAACUUAGGCAAGCUGAUGUCGCUGGAAAAUUUGUCGAGUUCUUUGGGAGUGGAGUUUCCCAGCUGUCUGUAGCAGACCGAACCACAAUAGCAAAUAUGUGUCCUGAAUAUGGUGCUAUUCUGAGCUUUUUCCCUGUUGAUAAUGUGACGCUGAGGCACUUAAAACACACAGGUUUUGACAAGGCCAGGCUUGAGGUCAUAGAAGCAUAUCUUAAAGCUGUGAAGUUAUUUAGAAAUGAGGAGAGUUCUUCUGGAGAACCCGAGUAUUCCCAGGUAGUACAAAUUAGUCUAAGUUCUAUAAUUCCAUACGUCAGUGGCCCCAAGAGGUCCCAAGACAGAGUGGCUGUUAAUAACAUGAAGAGUGAUUUCCAAGCCUGCUUAAAUGAAAAGUCUGGCGUUAAAGGGUUUCAGAUUGCAGCUGAGAAGCAGAAUGACGUUGUGCCUGUUCAGUAUGAAGGAAAUGAGUACCAGCUCUCUCACGGCUGUGUUGUCAUUGCUGCAGUAAUCAGCUGUACAAAUAAUUGCAAUCCAUCCGUCAUGCUUGCUGCAGGACUUCUGGCCAAAAAAGCUGUUGAAGCUGGCCUAGUGGUUAAACCCUACAUAAGAACCAGCUUGUCGCCGGGUAGUGGAAUGGUUACACAUUACCUCAGUUCAAGUGGAGUGUUACCAUACCUCAGUAAACUUGGGUUUGAGGUUGUUGGUUAUGGCUGUUCAACCUGUGUUGGAAACACUGCUCCCUUGCCAGAAGCCAUCAGGAAUGCAAUAAAACAGGGUGAUAUCGUUGCCUGUGGCGUGUUGUCUGGAACCAAGAACUUUGAAGGGCGUCUCUGUGACUGUGUCCGCGCCAACUACCUCGCCUCGCCGCCGCUGGUAGUCGCGUACGCCAUCGCAGGCACCGUCCGAAUAGACCUGGAGACUGAGCCUCUGGGCGUUGGCAUUAAUGGCAAAAGUAUCUACUUACGAGAUAUUUGGCCCACUCGAAAAGAACUUCACACAGUGGAGGAAGAGUGUGUAAUAUCAUCUAUGUUUAAAGAAUUGAAAGAAAGAAUGGAGAAAGGAAACAAACGGUGGAACUUACUAGAAGCCCCUGAGUCAACUUUAUUCCCCUGGGAUUUAAAAUCUACUUAUAUCAGAUGUCCUUCCUUUUUUGAUAAACUUGCCAAAGAACCAGUUCCACCACAGCCUAUUGAAAACGCCCACGUCUUGCUGUAUCUGGGAGAUUCUGUAACCACGGAUCACAUAUCCCCCGCUGGAAGCAUUGCAAGGAGCAGUGCUGCUGCUAAGUAUCUCACCAACAAAGGACUGACACCCCGUGAAUUCAAUUCUUAUGGAGCUCGAAGAGGUAACGAUGCUGUGAUGACAAGAGGUACCUUUGCAAAUAUCAAGCUUCUGAAUAAAUUCAUAGGAAAGCCAGCCCCUAAAACAAUCCACUUUCCAUCAGGACAAACGCUAGAUGUGUUUGAAGCAGCGGAGCUGUACCAGAAAGAAGGCAUCCCUGUAAUUAUUUUAGCAGGAAAGAAGUAUGGACUUGGUAGCUCAAGAGACUGGGCUGCAAAAGGACCUUUUUUACUGGGUGUUAAAGCCGUUCUAGCUGAAAGCUAUGAGAAGGUUCAUAGAAGUCAGUUGAUUGGAAUUGGCAUUGCUCCACUUCAGUUUCUUCCUGGAGAAAAUCCAGCUACUCUGGGUCUCACUGGCAGAGAGCAGUUUUCCAUAUUGUUCCCUCAAGAGCUGUCACCAGGAAUGACUUUGGAUAUUAAGACAAGCACUGGAAAAGCAUUCCGCGCAGUUGCCUUGUUUGAAAAUGAUAUGGAGCUAACGUUAUACAAAUGUGGUGGAAGUCUAAACUUUGUGGCGCGAAGAUUCUUAUAGUAGCUACUGACUCUGUGGGUACCUUGCAUAACUGGUAAUACUGAAAAUGCCUUGUGUGAACCCAGGAAUCUGUACUGUGGAACUGCAAACAGUCCUAGUGUGCUCAAAGUUACUUCGUCCAUGGAUGUAAAAGAUUGUGAAUCAUUGUAUCUGCAACGAGAUCCUUCCUGAUUUUAAAUAAUAUUCUAAUGGUGCUAUUAAACAUUGCUAAAAUCAACAUGUGUGUUGUGGCAGAGAGCUGUAAGUAUGGAGGAGGAUGUUUUAUCAGAGCAUUUUGUAAAUAAACUAUGCGAAAUCUGAAA